AUGGUGUCCGCAUCAGACGGCCAAGCCGUCCUGGCCAAGUCGUGGUCCGACGACGAGAGCCGGCAGUCUGGCAACCUGGACAUUGAGCUCAGAGACCUUGCCCUGCGAACCACGGCAACAUGUCCAGCGACGCCAGAGGGCCAGUGGCGCCGGGUCCUCUUUCCGGAGUCUGGCAGCUCCCUCGACCCGCAGUCGCCCGCCUUUGACGGCCGCCUGUGGGUCAAGACCUUUUUCGACCACUACAACGAGACCCUCCCCUCGCGGCCGCGCAGUCUCGGCGUGGCCUAUCGUGACCUGACGGUGUGUGGCGAUUCGUCUGGGGCUCAGCACCAGGCCAGCACCGGCAACAUCUUCCUCAGCGCCGUUGAGUCCGUCACGAGGAGGCUCGGCGGUGUCCAGCAGAGCAAGCAGGUAACGAUCCUGCGAGACUUUGAGGGCGUUCUUGACGCCGGCGAGCUUCUGCUCGUCCUUGGCCCGCCGGGCUCGGGUUGCUCAACCCUGCUCAAGACUAUUGCCGGCGAGACGGCGGGCUUGAAAGUGAGCCCAGAGACGAAGUGGAACUACAGAGGCAUCGACGAGGACCACGUGCGAUCUCGCUUCCGCGGCGACGUUCUCUAUAACGGCGAGAUCGACACGCACCUCGCGCACCUGACGGUCGGCGAGACGCUGCGCUUCGCAGCCUCGACGCGGCCGGUGCGAAACGUGCCCGCGGGCUUCGCCCCUUCGCGCGUGACGAGCAUGCUCUGCGACGUCGUCAUGUCCGUCUUCGGCAUCGCGCACACGGUCGACACGCGCGUCGGCGACGACUUUGUGCGUGGCGUCAGCGGCGGCGAGCGCAAGCGCGUCAGCAUCGCCGAGUCGGCGCUCACGGGCGCGCUGCUGCAGUGCUGGGACAACUCGACACGCGGGCUCGAUAGCGCCAACGCCGUCCGCUUCUGCCAGAGCCUGCGCGAUCAGGCCAAGAUCCUCAACAUCUCGGCCGCGGUGGCCAUCUACCAGGCCCCGCAGAGCGCUUACGAUUUGUUUGAUCGCGUCACCGUGCUGUACAAGGGGAGGCAGAUCUUUUUCGGCAAAAUCUCCGAGGCCGCGGGCUAUUUCGAGAAUCUGGGCUUUGAGCGCCCCGAGAGACAAACCACGCCAGACUUCCUCACCUCCAUGACCAGUCCCGCCGAGCGUGUCGUCCGUGCAGGUUUUGAGGGCAAAGUCCCAAAGACUCCCGAUGAAUUUGCCGAGUGCUGGAAGAACAGCAAGGAGCGACAGGCUCUGCUCGGUGAGAUCCAGGAGUACCAGGACAAGCACCCGCGCGAUCAGCGGGCCCUCGAGUACAAGCAGUCCCGCGCCGCGGAUCAGCAGAAGCACAUGCGGUCCAGCUCUCCCUACCUCAUCUCGUUCUUCGCGCAGGUCAAGCUCAACAUCUGGCGCGCGUUCCGGCGCCUCGUCGCCGACCCCUUCUUCACCAUCGCGUCCAUGCUGUAUAACCUGAUCAUGGCGGUCAUGCUUGGGAGCAUGUUCUUCGAGAUGAAGGCGGACGCGUCGACGUUCUACUACCGUGGCGGCAUCAUCUUCUUUGCUCUUCUAUUUAAUGCCUUUGCCAGCCAGUUGGAGGUUCUCACGGUCUACGCAGAGCGCCCAGUCAUUGAGAAACACAACAGAUACGCGCUGUACCGGCAGUCGUCGCAGGCAGUCGCCAGCUACCUGAUGGACCUGCCCUACAAGACGGCCAACAUGUUCGUCUUCAACAUUGUCAUCUACUGGAUGACCAACCUGCGGCGGGACGCCGGCGCCUUCUUCUUCUUCUGCCUGACCAGCUACCUCACGACGCUCGUCAUGUCGGCCCUGUUCCGCACGCUGGCGUACCUGACGCGCACGCCAGCCCAGGCCAUGGUGCCCGGCUCCCUCCUAAGCCUGGGCCUUAUGAUCUACACGGGCUUCUGUAUCCCGCCGUCCUACAUCCCGGACUGGUCCCGUUGGAUGAUGUAUAUCAACCCGCUCUCGUACGCGUUCGAGGCGCUCAUGGCCAGCGAGUUCCACGACCGCGAGUUCCCCUGCUCCAACAUGGUGCCGCGGGGCCCGGGGUACGAGAACCUCCCCGCCGAGUCGCAGAUCUGCUCGUCGGUCGGUGCCGAGGCUGGGCGCGCGUUUGUCAACGGCGAUCGCUACAUUGGGGACUCGUUCGGUUAUUCCAACGAGAAUAAGUGGAGAAACAUUGGCAUCCUGUGCGCCUUCCUUGUCGGCCUCUUCGUCGUAUAUGCCCUCGCCGCGGAGUUUGCCAAACCGCCCAGAGGCAAGGGCGAAGUACUCGUCUUCCGCCGCGGCAAGGGGCCGUCAAAGGCGGUGGGAGUGGCCACAGCCGGCGAUAUCGAGUCGCAGCACGACUCGGUCCGCGAGGGAGAAAGCCUAAAGGGAUCUACACUACAGAAGUCUGCGACGCCUCAACCGCAAGAGCGUCCCGUUUUCCACUGGAAUGAUGUGUGCUACGACGUGGACAUCAAGGGGACCACCCGCCGCAUCCUGUCUCAGGUCGACGGCUGGGUCCAGCCUGGCAAAUCGACCGCACUGAUGGGCUUCUCAGGCGCCGGCAAGACGACGCUGCUCGACGUCCUCGCAGGCCGUGUGACCACGGGCGUCCUAACUGGCGAGACGCUCAUUAACGGCCGGCCGACGGACGCCUCGUUCCAGCACUGUGUCGGCUAUGUCAAGCAGCAGGACGUGCACCUCGAGACUAUGACGGUGCGCGAGGCUCUCGACUUCAGCGCGCUGCUCCGCCAGCCGGCGUCAGUCCCGCGCGCCGACAAGCUCCGGCACGUGGACCGCGUGGUGGCCAUGCUCGAGAUGGACGAGUUCGCGGGCGCCGUCAUUGGCGUGCCCGGCCAGGGCCUCAAUGUCGAGCAGCGCAAGCGCCUCACCAUCGGGGUCGAGCUCGCCGCCCGCCCAGAGCUGCUCAUCUUCCUCGACGAGCCCACGUCGGGGCUCGACAGCCAGACCUCGUGGGCGAUCUGCGACCUCAUCGAGCGGCUGAGGAACGACGGGCAGGCCGUCCUGUGCACAAUCCACCAGCCCUCGGCCUUGCUGUUCCAGCGUUUCGAUCGGCUGCUCCUGCUGGCGCCGGGUGGCAAGACUGUGUACUUUGGCGACCUGGGCGAGCACUGCCUUACCCUGAUCCGGUACCUCGAGCGCAACGGGGCCGCGCCGUGUCCUUCGGAGGCUAACCCGGCCGAGUGGAUGCUUGACGUGAUCAAGCCCCCCUUGGACGGAUCCGAGGGCAUCGACUGGCACGAGGUCUGGCGAGCGUCCCCCGAGUACGAAAUGGUCAAGGACGAGAUGACACGCCUCCACGGCCUGUCCACCCAAGCGCCAGCCAGCAGCAGCCCCAGCCACGCUGAUGACACCGCCUCAUCCAGCGACAAGGAGUUUGCAGCCUCUUUCGCGACCCAGUUCUUCCUGGUGCUCGACCGCACAGGCAAGCACUUCUGGCGCUCGCCGACGUACAUCUGGUCCAAGUUCAGCCUGAUCGGGCUCUCGUGCCUGUACCUGGGCUUCAGCUUCGACGCGCACCUGUCGCUGCAGGGCAUGCAGAACCAGCUCUACGCCAUCUACCUCUUCUUCAUCCUCUUCAGCUCCCUCAACGAGCAGAUCAUGCCCAUGUUCGUGCCGCAGCGCGCCCUGUACGAGGUCCGCGAGCGCCCCUCCAAGAUGUACCGCUGGACUAUGCUGCUCCUCGCCAACAUCCUCGUCGAGAUGGCCUGGAACGUCGCCGCCGCCGCCAUCGCCUACAUCUGCUGGUACUACCCCGUCGGUUUCUCCAGUCUUCCUGGUGGCAACAGCGGCGCCGGCACGGACGAUCUCUCGCUCCGCGGCUUCCUCGUCUUCCUCUUCAUUGCGCUCUUCCUGCUCUUCACCUGCACAUUCUCGCACAUGGCUAUCGCGUGGAACGAGACGGCCGAGACGGCCGGAGUCCUCGCCAGCUUGCUGUACAUCUUCUGCAUCGCCUUCUCUGGGGUGGGAGUCGCCCCGGCCGACCUGCCCCAGUUCUGGACCUUCAUGUACCGCGUUUCCCCCGUCACCUACAUGAUCAGCGGCGUCAUGUCGUCCGCCAUGUCCGGCUACGAGGUGACAUGCGCGCCCGGCGAAGUUCUGCGCAUGGUGCUGCCUAGCUCCACCAACGCGACUACGACGUGCGCCGACUUCCUCGCGGGCUUUGUCGCGGCCGAGGGCGGGCGCGUGCUCGAGCAGGGCGGCGGCGACGGUACCUGCGCGUUCUGCCCGCUCGCCACGACCGACGCGUUCCUCGCGCGCUUCGGCAUCGAGUAUGCGGAUCGCUGGAGGAACUUUGGCCUGCUCUGGGUGUAUAUCUUCGUCAACAUCGGCCUGGCCCUGGGGCUGUACUGGGUCUUUAGGGUUCCCAAGGGCAAGGGCAUGAAGCGUGGAGUGUAAUGGGUUUGGUAUUGAGGAAAGACUUUUUUGUGUGUUAGCGGCUGGAUUAUUUUAGAUUUAUUGCUGGCUGAGUUAUUCACUUGGCUGUGAAGUUCGUGUGUACAGACUUUCGUAUGUUGGCGAUGCGAAGAUUCCUACUAAGUUUAGCAGAUUUGUCUUUCUUUUCCUUAAUUCACU